UUAUGGAUUCUAUUAAUGAAUCUAUUGUGUUCUGAUGAUAAAGUUGCUUUUAAAAAUGUUCUUUUCCCCACUAAAAUUGUUACAACACAAUGCAUUGUGGUCUAUAUUAGCCAAUCGAGGGAGAAUUGGUGCACACUGAUUUUUCACAGAGACUUCUGGGAAAUUUCUAAGGUCCUGAAUUUCGGACAGUUCUACAAAAAAGGCAAACGGACUAUUUAGUGGUGCACUAUGUAGUGAGUAGUGAAGGAAUUCGGACAAAUAGUUCACAUUUCUGUCCCUGUAGUUCAUCAAUCUUCCACUAGGGGCAGCAGGAGGGCUUUUCUGGCUCGUUUCAAAAUGGCUGCCUCCGUGAAGUCUCAACUACUCUUUUGGUUUAUGCGGUUCUGAGUGAAGUUUUUUAACCCUCACAGCUUUAUGUUUGGAAGGAAAGUCCAAAUAUGUUUUUCCUGUUCUCCUGGAUCAGGGGUCUUUUUGAGUGGACUCCUUUUGACUCGAAUCCUUUUGACUGCUUUCUUCGAGGGCUUGUGAGUGCUUGUGGCGUGUCAGUUCUGUACAAUCUGUUGAGAGUAUACAAUUUCAUUCAAACAUGCAGGGAUUCUGAAACAUCUGCAGGUGAGAGAGAACAGAAGCCCCCCCUGAGAAGCAGCUGGAGAGCCGCUCUCCAGUUCUGGACUCUGUCGGCUCUUUUGUCUCUGGUUGGGUCCAGAGUAUCGGCACUCGUAGUGCUGGAGUUUUUACUCCGAGCUGUUUCUGCCUGGAUGUCAGCGGGAUUGAACGCAGGUGCAGGACCUUUGGAUUUGCUCCUCAUUCAGUGCCAGUUUUCCUUGGGAUGCAGCCUCCUCUGCACUUUAGCUUUCCUCCAUCAGGGGGCUCCCCACAGCUCCCUCAGCUUGCUGCUGGCCGCCGGCCUCAGUUGGGUCGUGGCGAGCUACAGCAGCAGUCUUUGGAGCCACGCGGCCAGACUCUACCCUCUGCACAGCACAGAGCGGUACUGCGGGAAGUGCAUCCACCUUCUGACCUCUGGACACACCUUGCUGGCUUCACUGCAGAGAGCGGUCGUCUUGGCCUUCGCCGUGGGGACUGUGGCUUCCACCUCCACGGUUUAUGAACACUUCCUGUUCCACAAAGAUGCCAUAAAGUUCUGGACUCCACUGACACUCUGCUACACUAUGCUGGUGGUUUUCACUCAAGAGGAUCAGCAGAGACGGGCCGACACAGAGAACCUCCUUCGCAUCGUGGUGAUCCGAUUAGGAGGCUUGCUGGUGCUGAUGUUGACCGUGGGGAACUGGUCGGAUGUUCUUCACGUCCUCGUCUCAUUUUUGGGGGAAGGAGUCUGCCUGCUGUCCUCCGGUGAUCUGCUGCAGGCUGUGCUGAAGGAUGAACAAGAAACCAGCUCGAGUGAGAAUGAAGAGAGGUCCAGAAACAGGACGUGAGAGAAGAAACUUUGAGAUGAGACUUGAAGGUUCAUCCAAACUUGGAUUUUAGAGCAAAGACACUUUUUAACUACAGAU